AUGCGGAUUACAAUAAAUCUAUCACCUGCAAAGCUUAGAGACUGGCAUGCUUUCCUCUUUGCGUUCGUUACGUUACUGGAGUUAUCACUGCAAUCCGAUGUAAGCGGAUAUAUAUGUGGUGACCUUGUUGUGUGGCAUGAUAGGGUUGUAGAGGUCGCGCAGCUCGCCUCUAAAAUGCUAAAAUCAUCAACAGUUCGCCAAAAGUUUCCUGCAUUGUUAGAGGAUACUCAGCUAUUUGGCAUAGAGAGUCAAAAUCUGUUUGUGGUGCCCUUAAGAAGGUUUGGCUUUCCGCGUUCUAUUGGUAAAUAUGGGCAGGAUCGUGUUGUCCUAGAUGCCUCUGGAAAAUUUAUGGGUGUUAUUUAUGAUACAAACGAUGGAAAUGUCAAUCCUAUGCCCGCUUACCGAAAAUGUAGCCCAUUUAUAGACUACAAUCACCCAGAACUCGAGGAAUAUAUAGACGAUGGAUACCAACUUGCUGGGUUUGCGUGUGGCUCGAAUUUCUUAGAACGCGAUAUCGAGACGAAUUUGCACAAUGAAUGUGUUGAAUAUCUCAAUUCACCUCCAGAAAUUAAAAUUAAAUAUAAAUUUUCUCGGAAUAAAUUUAUACACUUGGGAGAUGAUGGGUUUUGGCUUAGACACGUCUCUCUAAAGGAUUAUAAUCAUUCACAUAUAGGACGUCCAAUUCGAUACCAGUUUGAAUUUAAUUCACAAUGUAGAUUUUUGCAAUUAAGACCAAUUUCGUUUAAGACACCGGAACAGAUGACUUGUGUAGAUGUUUGGAGUGCGGUACUACCAGCGGCCACCAUCAUGGCAGAUCCGUCAUUUGAUCUACAAAGCAAAAACUUUGGAAAUAGCGAAGAACUUUAUUCUUGCAUGUACUUCACAUUCAGAAUAACAAGCAUAUUAAAUUACAUUAGCAAUUUUUUAAGAACGCUGAGUACGGACUCGUCAAGUAUAGAACAUCAAACUUUUAAGCAAGAUGAUAAUUUGCUACUCUGGCGUAUAAUUUUACCUGAAAGACACGAACGAAGUCGAGAUAAUUCAUUUAUAUUUGCAAUAGGAAUCGACAAGCUUAAUAAAUUUUCCGGAAUUUAUUUUGUGCGGGCUAAGAAUUGGACUAAGAAAAAUGUAGAACUAUGUCCUGGUUCCCAUAUUCUAAGAGCUCAUCUCCAAAAACGCGAGUCUAGCUGA